AGCAACACCAAUAAUUUAACAUUUCAGGCUGCGCAUUAGACAAGGUUGCAACGUGCUCUUCUAAGGUAUGCCAGCCCCCGACGAAGGUGCCGCGCAGCUGGGUUCGAGGCUCGCAGUCUCAAAUUCGGGUGGUUUAUUUCUGAUGGACCAGCAUGCCUAAUUGGGUGGUAGCGUUCAGGGUUAUCAGACCGGUAUAACUCCACUGCUCCAGCAUUGUCAUAUCUUUAAGUCGCUCGCUCCUCGUCCAACUCAAUCAACGUCUCCACAAGCCAAGGUCAACCUGCGCAACGAAAUCAUAGAUCAAACGAGAGAACCUUACUUAUAACGAUGAAUAGUAUCACAAACGAAUUUGUAUCUGGUCGACCCUCGCCACGUGAUAAUGCAGACAAUCUAUCGAUGUUCUUCGACUUUGGAACCCCGAAUCAGAAUCAGAACCCGUCAGACUCGAUGCGAGUUCUGUCAAUAGGACAGGGUCAAGAGCCAGUGCAGCGAGGUGGAAUACGAGUAUCUCUUGCGUGUGUUCCAUGCCGAAGUCGCCAUGUCAAGUGUGGAGCAGAAAUGCCGAAUUGCAGUCGCUGCUUGCAAGACGAUAAGCCGUGCUUCUAUGCAAAAUCUCGACGUGGCAUGAGAGAUCGCAAUGUCCCCCGCAAACGAGCUUCCCUUCGGGAAGCGGGAAAAGGCAGUCCCGGGUCAAGCAGCUCGACUGCACAAAGCUUGCCAAGCCAUAAUUCUAGAGAACUGCAUCGAGCUGCUUCGUCGACAGAAUCGUACCAUGCCGCGUCUGACGCCUCUGAUAGCCCAUCGAGCUCGUCGCCUAGACCGAGGCCCAGCCAUAAGGUUCCAAGUCCAAGACGUCUCUUAGAGCUGUAUUAUUCAUCUUUUCAUAAAGCCCACCCUUUCCUCCUACCCAGAUACUACUUCUUGAGCAGAUUGCAAUCUGAUCCGGAGUCCUUGAAGCACCUUCUUCCCAUUAUGCAUUACCUUGGCUCACUCUUUCUACCUGAUAUGGCAUCUUCAGAACUGAGAGCAGCUGCGUUGAGAGAAAUUGAACUGGUCAACUUGCCGCCAAAUGGCUUUACCGUCCAAGCGUUGCUCCUAACGGCUAUUGCUGUCCAUUCUCAAGACGAACUUGUGCACGCAAGAGCCAUUCUAGAUAAAGCCAUCUACUUAGCGCUUGACCUGAGGAUGAAUUCGCGGACCUUUGCCAAUAUGGAGCGAGAUCCCGUAAUGGCCGAAAGUUGGAGGCGGACAUAUUGGUUUCUGUACAUGACCGAUGCACUCUUCGCAGCGAUCAGAAGAGCCCCAAACUUCUUGCUCUUCACAGUCGAUGCGACCGUUGAAUUACCUUGCGAAGAGUGCGACUAUGACGGAAUCAUUCCCCGACCCAGAACGUUGGACGAGUACGAGGCUCGAGACUUCGAAGAUGAAGAAGUCGUUUUCUCCUCUUUUACGUAUCUCAUAGACUUAACUCGCAUCACUGGAGCCAUCCUCGGCUUCGAUCAUUUUCCCAGGAAGGAAAUGGAAAUCGCAGUCAACAACGCUGAUGCUAUGCUCGUAAACUGGAAAUUGCAUCUGCCGAAAGAAAAGCAGAGUGUGAUAGAUAAGAAUGAAGAAGUCGACGAGAUACUCUUCCAAGCCCAGAACUUACUUCAAAUACUUCUGGUUUUCAUCCAUAGGCCGCUUUCUCGGCUCUUUCACUCUCCCAUCGAAAAGAUUUCGCAGUGUGCGCCUCCGCCCAUGCCUCAUCAAAUGACUGGCGAAGAAGAUAAGACGUACUGGCUUCACACCAAGAAGACCCUCGAAGCAGCCGAGGCAGCCAUCAAUCUCUACGCCCUCCCAUGUCCCAUCAUAAAUCACACACCCCUCGGGAUCUGCGGCCUCGCACUCUCCACACUCGCCAACCUCAGUGCCUGUGCUUAUGUUCUGAACGGCGUAGAAUGGUAUCGCACUCGUGAUCGUAUACGAUUAGGUCUAGGCGGAUUGAAAGCCAUGGGAGAAAUCUGGCAGAUCAGUAAGAGGACCGAGACGGAGGUGAAGCAGAUUGCUCGAAGCGUUUUCGCAAUGGCGAGGCCGCAGGAUGCGAAGAAUAUCGAUAAUGCAUUUGCGUUUCAAGGUAUCGAGACAAGUACCAUUACUCCUGACAUCCAGGCGCUGGACGUUGGAUGGGAGGAGCUUGGACAGCUGGAGUACUUCAAUACUUGGGACGGCAUGUCGGGGUCGGGGAUGAAUGGUAUUAGCAUUUGAUGUGUUAUCGAGCUUCGACGAAUAUAAGUUGGUUGGGCAGAUUGGGCAGGAUUGGAUGGCAAGGACGGCUUCGACAAGGCCCUGAAAAGGCUGGCGUUAGUAUGUGCUUUUAGUACAGAGAAUGGAAGGAUAGACUCAACAAUCGCAGUGUCUAGACAUCUUCUAGAAUGGAGA